UUAAUGAACAAUCCAAUGUUGUUAUGUACCCGUCUUUGUUUUGGACACAACAACUUAAUUAUCCUUAAAUGUAUUCUGUUAUUUCUUUUUUAGUAGUAUUAAACCCAUCCUGAAUUUAGUCAUUUUCAUCAAAUACCAGUAAAUGAGCCUUAAAUUGUGUAUUUAGUUCUGAGAUUUCUCUGAGGGUUUUAUCAGAGGUAUUUGAGAAACUGGGUUUUCAAUAUUCAUUAGACUUCUUUCUUGCCUUAGUUGUCUCUCAAGAGAAGUAAAUCAACCCAUUUGUAUGAAAAUUUCAUUCUACAAUGAAAAUUAUGUUAAACUCGAUGAAUUGGUUAACAGGAACAAAACUAUCUUGGCAGCCAGUCAUGACUGCAGAUACAGCGGUACCGGUUUAUUGGUUAAAUUGGAGGGUUUUACUAUGUGGAAUUUGGAUCUCAUUUGCAAUGGUAAUAGCAUCAUAUUUAAUUUGGAAGUAUGAAGGUUCAAAUAGUUCAAGACCUGAUAGAGUUAGAGUUGAAACCCAACAAGGAGAUUCAGGGGCUUUGUAUGAAGAUGAAGGUUGGCGGCCGUGCUUGAAAGAUCUUCAUCCUGCUUGGUUGAUGGCUUUUAGGGCUAUUGGCUUUGUUGUUCUAUUGGCGUUGCUUGUUGCUAAUGUUGUUGUUGAUGGAGGUGGCAUAUUCUACUUUUAUACUCAGUGGACAUUUACACUGGUUACCAUUUACUUUGGGCUUGGUUCUGUUCUCUCUGUUAAUGGAUGUUACGAGUAUCGUAACAGAGUUGGUGGUGAUCAUGUGGAGUUAGAUGCAGAGCGAGGCAACUAUGUUGCUCCCAGACAUGCAGAGAACGUAAGUGGAAGCAAUACAAUGAAAAGUUCCGUUCUCCACGAGCACCAUUCUGAUCGAAAACCUGCUGGAAUUUUGGUGUAUGCUUUUCAAAUUAUUUUUCAGAUGAGUGCAGGAGCCGUAAUGCUCACUGAUGCCGUCUUUUGGUUCAUCAUUGUUCCUUUUCUUACCAUCAAAGACUACAAACUGAAUUUUUUGUUGGUUAGUAUGCAUUCAAUCAAUGCUGUUUUUCUCCUUGCUGAUGCGGCUUUGAACAGCUUGCAAUUCCCAUGGUUUCGGUUCGCAUACUUCAUCUUGUGGACAGCGAUAUACGUCAUUUUUCAAUGGGUCAUUCAUGCUUGCAUAUCACUUUGGUGGCCAUACCCCUUUCUCGACUUAUCAUCCUCCUAUGCUCCAUUAUGGUAUUUAGCUGUUGGACUGAUGCAUAUCCCCUGCUACGGGGUCUUUGUACUAAUACUAAGGAUGAAGCACUUCUUGUGGUCAAAAUGGUUCCCAGAAUCUUACCACAUUGAGAAGUAAAAUGAGCAUGAUAACAAAAGAAGAGACCCAAAGGUGAAAAAAGAGAAACAAUGAGGAUCGAUGGAUUGUUCAAAGCUACAUUACUGACCAUACAGAAAAAAGUACAGAUUUUUUUUUCCUUUUUUUUUCCUUCAGGAAUACUAGAUAGUUUUAUUUGAUGCAAUAACACUCAUUUUGUUAAAUUUGUACUUUUCCCCGGGGGUGAAGAAUUGUAGUAAAUAGAUAAGUUUGGAAAAGAAAACUUAGAAUCUUCACUCUUCAUAUGGCUUAUACAAUGAAAUUCUACUGUGAAUUUACUUCUAAAAAAAAGCAUGGUUAGAUGAGGUUCCUGUUUAUGCUUCAUGGGAUUUUUACAGGAACAUCCACCAUGGAUGACAUUAGCGAGA